AUCUCUCUCUUUCUCUUCUUCUCCACUUCUAAGUAUAUAAGCGUUUCUGCCACAGCGAAAUGAACACUCCCUACCUUUAGUAUGCGAUUGAAUUUGGAACGAAAGCGAAUUUCUGUAUACGUGUUUACGUAACUAGAAUUUGAUAACAUGCUUGAAUUGAUUUCAUUUCUGUCGGAGAACGAAUUGAAGUUUUCUACUGUACAGUUUAUGCAAUUUUUUGUAAGUAGGCGGCUGUUUAUGGAUACUGAUGAUAAUAUAAGUAAAGACGAAUGAUAAACAUAGGUACAUUUCAUUUCUAUGUACCUACUGCUCUACUAAUUAAUCACCUGCCUAAUGAAUCUUAUCAAAAUAAUAUUUAUUUAUUUUUAUUUGUUAUUCAGUCCAUGCAAUUAUGUUUAAUGCAUUAUUUCCAUCAGCAUGACCUAAGUACAAUUAUGGUGCACCACGAGCUUCACCAAUCUGAGUCAGUCGUUUCCUCAUACAAUUUGCGAUGUUGAAACAUUGAUUAAGUACAGUUUCGCGAGCUCCGUAACCACCGACUUGACUGCCAUGAUAAUAGUUCCAUUUCGUCUCUAACUACUUGUGAAAUAUCGUAUAGAAUUAUAUGAGACUAGCUUAUCUUUUAUAGAUUUGUAUGUUCCUACUUAUUGUAUUUUCAUUCAUAUAAUUAAUUGCAACUUCGUUAUUUGCACCUGCGCCUUGCGAAUUCCAUAAUGAGAACUAUUUGAAGUCUUUUAGGUAUCAACAAUAAGCAGAUUUUCCCAGCAAAUGAAAACAAUCGGGAAGCAACUACAAGGACGAGACAGGCCGCUUAAUGAGAAGAAACAUUGUCAGAUACGCCAUCCUAGCGUACGUCAUAACUCUUCAGAGGGUUUCCCUCAGGGUGAAAAGACGAUUUCCCACGUGGCAACAUGUAGUAGAUUCUGGUCUCAUGUUGGAGAGCGAGAGGAAAGUUUUUGAAAAGAUGGAUGGAAAAAGUCCUAUGUCAAAAUAUUGGAUGCCGUUGGUAUGGGCAACAAAUAUAAUUAAUCGUGCGAGAAAAGAGGGCUUGAUAACCAGUGACCACAUUGUCCAAACGCUGCUGGUCGAGCUAUCGGACAUAAGGCGACGGUUGGGAGCGCUCAUAGGAUACGAUACCGUGUGUGUUCCGCUAGUGUACACUCAAGUAGUAACGCUGGCACUGUACACUUACUUCGUGGCGGCGCUGAUGGGCCGUCAAUUGGUACCUCCAGCACCCGGAAGCACCUCCAAAUACGAGCCAGACGUAUACUUUCCACUGUUCACAGCUCUACAGUUCUGCUUCUACGUCGGCUGGUUGAAAGUGGCCGAGGUGCUAAUUAAUCCUUUCGGCGAGGACGAUGACGACAUUGAAUUAAACUGGCUCAUAGACAGACACAUUAAGGCUGCCUAUAUGAUAGUUGACGAAAUGCACGAAGAGCACCCGGAACUCCUGAAAGACCAAUACUGGGAGGAAGUGGUUCCCAAAGACUUGCCGUACACAGUGGCGUCAGAACAUUACCGAAGACAUGAACCGCCCUGCUCCGCCGAUCACUACAAAGUAAAGGCUGAAGAUGCAGUCUACGCCAACGUUCAGUCACCUAGGAAAAGUCACGACGAGACUUACGCUGACUAUGAGAGCGUAGACACACCACUAGUAGAAAGAAGGAAAAACUGGUUCCAGAGACAAAUAUCGAGAAUGGGGUCAGUAAGAUCGGCAUCGACGGCAUACUCUUCAGGCGGGCUCUUCGGACGGAAUAGGCAUAACUCGGUUGUUUAUUCAAGCCCCGAAGCCGGUCAGCCUGUGAUGCCGCCCCCGCCACAUCACAAGAUGUCAUUGUACGAACGACUGGUGGGCCGUAAAUCUGGCCGCGGCCAGCACAGACCGAGUUCCAGACAUGGAUCAAAAAGCAACGGAUCUGCUGUUCCAAUCACACUUCGUAAUAGACCUCGCAUACCAACACCGGAUGUAACAAAGGAGGUUAUGGAUCGCGAAAACCGAAUUGCUAUGGGCAUGCAAAAUAUGGGCGUUAUUAUGGCACACCAAGGCUACCAAAAUGAGGUGCCCGUACUGGGUGCCCUUGUUCUGUCUCCCAUCCAGGAACUGGACAGCGGAUCAGUUAACAACACACUGCACGCCGGGCAGCCGGGAACGACGGCGCUGGCUCAAGCUGUGCUUUCGCCGUCGUUGUCUGCAGGCGGUAUGCCACCGAUGAUAGCUGCGGCCCCGGUAACUCUAGGAGUUUCACAGCUCACGAGUUUAGUCAGUUCCACGCCGUCGAGCCCGCGCCCCGACCGAGGCGCUUCUGAUGGAUCAGGAUCCUCGCCUCAUGCUCCACGAGCCACAGUAACGGAACUACCUCCAUCAGACCGCGACAGCGAGCACAGCAAUGCGAGCACGGGUACACCGCCUGAGUUCACUCGAAAACGCAGUAGUUCCAAAAGAGGAGAAGUCUACGUGUAAUGACAUGGGUCCGUCCAUAGGUAUAUAUCCGUCCAUCGCGUGGUGCUUAUGAAAUUGUGAUCGAUAGUUUUAUGAGUCGAAUACCAAUUUCGUCUACUAUGAUCCUAAGUAUUCCACGUAUUUAGGAAGUCAUUGCAGUUAAAUGUAUAUUAUUAUAUAAGUCGAUUUGCAUUGUUAUCGGAGUAUAAAUUGAAUUUAAUGCACAGACAGGGAUUGAAUUGUAUAAUUUUUUAUUAUAGUUUUUCAUUUUA